UCUACUUUAAUUUACCUAUAAAAUAUACGUAAAAUUGAAGAAAGUUUGGUUUAAAUGUGUAUAUGUUUAUUUUAAUUUGAAUAUAACUUAGUUUUACAUAGUUUUGUAAGAAUGGCAGAAAAUAAUUCAGAUAAAAAUAUUAAAUGUCCGAAAAAACGACGUCUUAUUAAUUUAAGAUCUCUUCGAAUGUCUUUAAAAUACAGGCCUGAAAUCUUAAAUUUAAUAUUAAAAAUGCGACACUGCAUUAAAAAGAAAAAUACCCUUAUAAAAUCUCUAAAAGAGCAACUGGAAAAGGUUAAAACAAGUAAAAAUAAAUUAUUCACAAAUGAGGAACAAUCAAAAAUUUCGAAAACUGUACAAGCACAAUCUACUGGUCGAAAAGAAAAGAAAUACGUUAAAGAAGCUACAGAUAGUAAAAGUGAAGAACCCGCAGCAUGGAUUACUCAGAGCAAUGGAAAAAGUGAAAAAAGUAUUGCAGAGCAAGUUAAAGAAGUAGCUCAGAGUGCUCUCCAAGACACCGGUAUGGUGUAUGUGGAGUCUGCUGGAAUGUACUAUGACUAUAAAACUGGGUAUUAUUAUAAUACUGAUCUUGGACUCUACUAUCAUACAGAUACAGGGUGUUACUACUAUUAUUCUAAUGAAAAACAAACAUUUGUGUUCCAUUCAUAUCCUGAUAAAAGUGCUGAGAAUAAAUCUCUGAUCGCUCACGAGAAGAAGAAAGCAAAGAAACACAAAAAGGCAACUAAAACUGAUGAUGUUGAAAACCUGACCAAACAAUUCACUCAGGAAAAGGAAGAAGAUGGAAGCAAACCAAAACGCAAGAAAACUUCUAGAGAUUCGAAAAAGAAGAAACAGGGAACAAAUGAAAAUGAAAUUACAGAAGCUAACAGAGACAUUGAUGAAAAAGAAGUUGUGAAUGAUAUAGAGAAUGUAGCUGCAGAAGAGUUAGAAGACGGAGAGUGCAGUGACACUUCUAGUGAAUUGUCUGAUGCAGGAUCAGAUGCAAGUACAUCUACUGCUAGUGAUGAUGAAUCAGUCGCCAAGCACCACCCACCAUGCAUGAGAGUUAUCGUAAGGGAGACAAACUUACCUAAACUGAAAGUUGGCAGUUUGUAUCUCAUAACUAAAGAUGGCGGCACUAUUGGCAGAGAAGGGGAUCAUCAUUCUAUAGUUAUAAGGGAUCACAAUGUGUCACGGAAUCACUUAGACAUCAACUAUGAUAUGGAUAAAAGAAUGUAUUUGGCGAUUGACUUAGGUUCAAAGAAUGGUACAAUUAUUAAUGGUAUUCGUAUCUCAGAAAGUCAAGAAAGAAGCAGUCCUGUGGAAAUAGUUCAUGGGAGUACAAUACAAUUGGGUGAAACGAAAUUACUUUGUCACAUUCACGCUGGAAACGAUACGUGUGGCCAUUGUGAACCGGGCCUUAUAAUGGAAACUCAAGAAAAAGAAAAAGUCGCCUACACACGUACGUGCAGCGUCCAGAAACAACACCAACUGGAACUUGCGAGGCUGAAGAACAAAUACGCGCCGAAACCCUUAGCGAUAGAGGAGACCGCGUACAACGAUAGAGCACAAGCGAGACGAGAAAAGGUCGGCUCCUCGCAUCACUCCGAGAAGACUCAGAGCAGCGAUAUUAACACGUUUAUAGCAGCAGAGAACAAAGGCUUCAAGUUGCUGGAGAAAAUGGGCUGGUCGAAGGGCGAAGGACUCGGCAAGGACAGCCAAGGGGACAGGGAGCCGAUACCUCUCGUCAGUAAUGACGGUAAGGCAGGCCUGGGAGCAGGCAGCGCACCGGCUGCAGCCAUGGCGUCCAAGACCCUUGGACCAGCAACUCUCCGCUUGGCUGCCAGGACAAAAAUGCUCCAACCUCCCGCCAAGGCCUUCCAACAACCAAUGGACGAAGAUUCAGAAUAGGUUUUGCAAUUAUUUAAAUUAAGCGACUGUGUUUUUUUUUUUAUUUUAAACAAGACCAAUGUCAUAUUAUUGUUUCUUUUUUGUUAUAUAAAGAGAUAAUAAACUUUAACUCAAUCUUUUAAGUAUGAAUAAUGUAUAUCACCAUCUAGUGUUUUAUUUGAAUAUGAUAAAUGAUAUAUGUAUUAAGAAUAAAUAAACCUGUCCGGACUUUCCUCGUAAUUUAUAAUGUAAACGUAGAUUUUUUAUGAAAUUGUAGAAUAAUUUAUGAUAAAUUUCUUACAAUUAGAAUCGCAUUGACGUCAUACUUUAAGACAAAAACUUACAUUGUCUAUGGUAAUUAAAUUACUAGAAAAGAUUAAAUCUUAAUCCUUACGUUCUGUUUCAAAUACAAAAAUUAAAUCGAUAUUAAAAUAAUCUAUCAAAUAUUUUUUCUGUCCUUAAUAUUUUAUCUAUAUAUAUAAAAGCGAAAUACCACUUACUGAUUAAUAACUAAAUCUCAGAAACUAUAACACCUACAAACUAUAAAUUUCGCAAGUAGGUUCCUUAAGGAGUGUAGACAACCGCUAAGAACGGAUUUUACGAAACUCCACCCCUAAGAGGGUAAAACGGGGCUUGGAAGUGUGUGUUUUAUCAAUUUUGCGCGGGUAAAGAGCCGCAGU